AUGGUACACUUUUCCAAGCUCGUCAGCACAGUGGCUGCUGCUACCUUUGUUGCGCCCUCUUUGGCUCACCCAGGAGAGCAUCACGACCACCAUGCGGUCAAGCCUCGUCGCUCCAAGGUUGUUCGGGAACUUCGCGAGAGACGCCGUGUCACCUCUGCUCCUCAGAAGUUCAAGCGCGACCUCGCCACUCUCGAAAAGUUCGACGCCCUCGAUCACAACCGUACCGAUGUGCUUCAUUACGACAUGAACACUCCCGAACACAUCAUCUUCGGCGCCAAUACCAGCUGUGUCUUGAGCCCCGAAGUUACUGACGGUCCUUACUAUGUCACUGGAGAGCAAAUUCGCAGCAAUGUGAAAGAGGAGCUCUACUGUGAUGGCGUUGAUCUUUUCCUCGAAGUUCAAUACAUUGACAUCAACACUUGUCAGCCUGUCCCAGAUGUUUGGGUUGAUAUCUGGAAUGCCAACGCAACUGGUGUCUAUUCUGGUAUCUCGACAAGCGGCAACUAUGCAUCGGGCGGUUACAACUCGACUUAUCUUCGUGGUAUUCAGCCGACUGAUGGUGACGGUGUUGCUCACUUCGAGACCAUCUUCCCUGGUCAUUACGAUGGUCGCGCAACCCAUACCCACCUACUCUCUCACAUGAACGUCACUCGUUUCCGCAACAACACCAUCUCUGCCACAAACAACAUCACCCACAUCGGUCAACUCUUCUGGAACUCUGAGCUUCGCGAGGCUGUUGAAGAAGUCUACCCCUACAACACAAAUACUCAAGCUGUCACCAGCAACGCGGAUGACAUGUGGGACAUUGUCGCUGCAGGCACAACCUUUGAUCCCUUCCCGCAAUAUGUUUACCUGGGUGAUGAUCUCUCGGAUGGUCUCUUUGCUUGGAUUCAGAUUGGUAUCGACCCUACUGCAAACUACAUUGACGACGAGUACUACUCCGUCGCUGCUUACCUGGACGCCGAUGGUGGUCAUGCUUCUUCGAGCUCCUUUGUCGGCGGCGGCGGUGGCGAAGGCAUGGGCAAUGGUACUGCUCCUGGAAACGGCACCGCUCCAUCGAACUCCACCUCUGCUUGA